AUUUUGGCUGUAAAACAUGAUACUCGACUUACGCGAAAAUCCGAGUUACGCGAAUGUCUCCCGAACGCAUUAUUCACGUAACUCAGGAAAGACUGUAUAGUCUAAACUCACUGGUUGAACUUUGAUUCCCUGCCAACUAUUGAAUAUGUGCUUUUUAGUUGGCAAAAACAUGGAAAACCAUACCAAAAAUUUAUGAUUUUUUUCUCGGCAAGCCAGGAGAUUUUUGUGAAAUUUUCAAAAACCGGUACAAACGCAUGCUUUUUAAUUGAACUGUCAGCCAAAUAUCGAGCGUUCGACUAAAAAUCACGCAAACUAAAAAGCGUUGAACUAUUUAUUUCUGACUGCAUUUAAUAAUAUACUCACCCACACCAUCAAGCGACCGUCCCACAAUGUGGCAAACCAUUUCUAUAGCUUUUCUACGGUGUAGUUGUCAAUUCGUUCGGGAUAAGUCCAAUACAGGCGGUCCCCGAGAUACACGGUUAAUGGGGACCGAAAACGGCCGCAAAAUACCGCGUAUCUCGAAUUUCCGCGUAAGUCGAAUCUCGUGAUUUCCUGCUAAAAUAUCACAAAUUUUUGUGUAAUUUUGCAAGUAGGGGGCGGUUUUAGUCACUUUAUGAAUUAUUUGAUAUGAUUCUGACUGAAAAUAACUGUUUUAAACCUUUUGAAAUAGUUUUUAACAUUCGAUCAAAACGGAAAUUAUUUGGCAAUUUGAAAUUGAUGUGUCAAAUCAGUACAAUUUGCUCAAAGAAUUGUCAAAUUUAGAAAACCGCGUAUCUCCGAAUCCGCGUAUAAGAGGUGCCGUGUAUCUCGGGGACCGCCUGUAUACAGGUGGACCCACUUGUACCGACUUUGCUCAAUACUGUACGUAACCAAGGUAACAAACUACUGGCAAACAAAUAAACAUAUUGAAGAAAGCAGUCUAACUCCGUUAACUGUGGGAUAUAGAUAUAUCUAGAAUAUUAGUUUUCGAAACGCAUUAGAAAAACAUGGAAGAUGUUAACAAUAACUCAUCGGCACGAUCCUAUUCAGACCGUCCUGCAUCCCGAAGAGGUUUAGGUCCAACUAACAAUCUAUUUGCUUCAAAUAACACAACCACCUCAGCAACGCCUAGCCCUGUUGCCAUCAUAAGACCCGGAACUGCUUUGAAACCACCUUCUGCAUUGCGCUCUGGAACUGCAAGUAGGCUCUUGGCAAAUAAUGGAAUUUCUAUGAUUUCGUCGACAUCCCAACGCAUUGGAACAGCUUUAGGAAAUGCUGGAAAUCGAAUGGCAGACCGUCCAAUUACACAGCAUGGCAUCAGUGGCCUUUCGACGUCUUACGGACGUCUUGGAACUGCUGUUAGUAGUAAUCGUCAAAUUAAAGACAAACGCUACUGGCAAGCAUUAUUACAAAGCAAAAUUCAAGAAAUCAAUCAAGAAACAACAAAGAUUUUGAAGGAAAAAAAGUUUCUCGAUCGUGAACGAUCAGCUAGAAAGCUGUACGAGAAACGUGUAAAAGAAGCUGCAAAAGAAUUGACAAACCUACAAUCCACCCUAACGUCGAUGAAUUUAGCUUUGGACAACUGUACAUCGGGUAUGACACGGCAACAUCUAUUAAACGAAACGGUAGCAUUACGAGAACGCAACGAGCACAUUCAAGAACAGUUGGAGGUCAUUUUCAAGCAGCGACAACAAAAAGACAUCGAAAACAAGGCACUGGAACGAAAUACAGAACAGGAGAAAAAUAAGGUGAUUGAAAUGAUCAAUUCGCUACCAGAAGAGGAUCAGCACAAAUAUCGGGAAUACAAAGCUUUGUCGGAAAAUCUUCGCAAACAGAAUGCCAUUUACCAUAGCCAGAUAAGCGAGAUGGAAAAACAAAAGGACAGACUUAACACAAUGAUUAUGAACUCACAAUCUCGUUCUGAAGCACAUCGUCUAAAAUCAAAGUUGAAAGAAUUGCUAAACAAACGAAAUGCUUUACGAGAAGAGGAAAACAAUCGCCUCUCGCCAGCUCAGGAGCGCGAAAAACUAAUCAACGAUGUACGAUCCAACAACCAGGCGCUAGCUAGUAUUGGCAAGCAACUAAAGAUCGUUGAAGAUCAAUUGAUAGAAAAAAAAGAAACAUUACAGCAGAUCGACCAAGAUCUUGAAGAAGGAAACUCCGAGCGCCAUGUAAAGUACAAGGAACUUAAAAAACGAGAUGAUGUAAUGUCAGCAUUUAUGGACAGUUUUAAAAGCAACAUGAAUCAGGAACAGCAAUGUAUAGAUACGCUGAAAAAUCAAAUCACGUAUGCUAUUGAGCAAAUUACAAUGCAAGGAAUCAACAUGAACGGGAUGUAUGAUGCGAAACUAGAAGGAAACGGAUUUACAUCUAAGAAUGAUCUUAAUUCUCACUCGGGACUGAUGAAGGAAUACAAAAAACUUGGCAUACAACUCAAGCAACUCCAAAUAUUGGAAAAACGUACAGUGCAGCAAAUGAAUUCUCUACGCCAGGAAGAAACAGAAGCUCUGCAAAGUAUUCAAAAGUAUGCUAACUUGGAAAUACCUCGAUCCGAGGCAAUUGCAAAAAUGAAUGAGCUUACCACCAUUCUGCAAGAGAUGGAAGAUAAAAAACGUGUUACAGAAAAUGUGGUCGAUGAAGCUCGCAAUAGAAAUCAUGAGAUAAAGAUUAAUCUGAAAAGUAACGAUACAUAUCGACAAAUUUCUCAUCUUGAAGAUAAGCUGAUAGAUUUAAUGAAGGACAAUAAAGUGCUUCAAGAAACAGUGAAAAACAUACAGCAGGAAAACGACUACUCCAAAAUACGUACUGAAGUGCAUGAAUUAGUAAAUGAACACAAUACUCUUUUAAUUUUGUAAAUUUAAAUUCGACAGUGUUUCUUUCCGGAGGACUCAAACAAACAACCCCAAAAUCAUGAUUAAAUCGAUAUCAAAUAUUAUUCUUCUUCUUCUUUGGCUCAACAACCGAUGUCGGUCAAAGCCUGUCUGUACCACUUGUGGGCUUGGCUUUCAGUGACUUAUUGAUUUGCCCCCAUGGCAGGAUAAUCAGUCCUACGUAUGGCGGCACAGUCCAUUUGGGGAUUGAACCCAUGACGGGCAUGUUGUUAAGUCGUGCGAGUUGCCGACUGUACCACGAGACCCGCUAAAAAUAUUAUUUUUAUAUUAUACAGGACAUAUUAUUACAAUUGUAUCAAUCCCUGUUCAAAAUAAAUAUUUACUUACAAUUAUUGCUCGAUGGUAAA